UCUCUUUUUCUCUCUCCAAGAUUGCGAACCAGCAUAUUCCACAUAACCAUCCAGGAACAUCACCAAUCAGCCAAUUCAACCUCCCACAGCGGAAAUCAUGGUUUGGAAGAACAAGUCUCACAUCCCAGUCGAGGCCAAGUCCUCGACUUUCAGACAGUUGCUACCUCUCCUAAUCCUUCUCGUCGUCCUUGGCGGCAUCGCCUUCGUCGGCUACCAAGUAUACCUCGGGGCGACCAAGAUCCGCGACACUACGGAGCAGCGCAUGGCUCGGAAGAACCUCGUUUUCACCAAAGACGGCCUGAAGGUCGGCGUCAAGCACGUCGAGCAGGAGAAGUACGUCGAUGCGACUCAGAGCUGGGUCGUCAAGGCCUGGAAUCUAGGGAAUUCUACGCCCCCCGUCAAGAGGAGGUAAAAGUUGGGAGUCGAGAUACGAGGCGUCCGGUGGACUUGAACGAUUUGACGGCUCUUUUCUUAUUAUCUUUGUUCUACGUGUACCCACCACUUAUACGGAUGAAAUGGCGAGCUCGAAGAAAAUGAAU